AUGAGGUUUUCCUUCUUAUUCAUUUUACUGACUUUUUUUAAAACCACUGAUUUACAAGUUGUAACUCAAGAGACUGACGACACCAAUUAUCGUUUGCCUAGAAAUGUUUUCCCAACUGAGUACCGCUUGCAUAUUACAACUUUUUUGCCAGGAUACAAGUGGGAAGCCGACGAAAAAAGUUUCACUUUUAUAGGAGAUGUGAAAAUUCAAAUUGAAGUUAAAGAAGAAACUGACACAAUUGUUCUGCAUACAGAUUCUUUGAAUAUUAAUAAUGUUCUUUUGCACAAUGCUGGCGAUAACGUCACUAUUAGCCAUUUGAACACAACAUACGACUUGCAAUUUGUGACUUUUUAUUUAACAGGAAAUUUGAAAACAGACAGCAGACCAAUUCUAAGUAUUCAUUAUAUGGAAAAAUUGGAAAAAUUCGUGAGGAUGGUGAAGGGUAUUAUAGAACAAUAUCGCCAGGAUUAAAUGAAACUACGAUGUACAACGCUGUGACACAGUUUGAACCAACAGCGGCUCGUUUCAUGGUUCCGUGUUUCGAUGAGCCGGAGUUCAAGGCGAUUUGGCAUGUCACUGUGGUCCAUCCAACCGGUUCAACUGCUUUGUCAAAUGCUAAGGAAAUAGAUAAUACAAAAACUAACGAUGACUUUUCCACCACAGAAUUUGAGUCAACAUUGAAAAUGUCGUCCUAUAUUUUGGCAAUUUUUGUCGGUGACGUUCAAUUCAAAGAAGCGGUAACCAAGAAUGGUGUUAGGAUUCGAGUAUACUCUGAUCCUGGACAUAUCGACAGUGUUGAUCAUGCACUCAACGUCAGUCGAAUUGUCUUAGAAGGAUUUGAAAAACAAUUUGGUUACCCAUAUGAAAUGGAUAAGCUCGACUUAAUUGCUGUUUACAAUUUCAGAUAUGGUGCCAUGGAGAACUGGGGCCUCAUCGUUCACCAAGCAUACACUCUAAUUGAGAACUUGAUGCCAGGUAACACUGAUAUUAUUUCUGAAGUUGUGGCCCACGAGAUCGCCCACCAAUGGUUUGGUAAUUUGGUGACAAUGAAGUUUUGGGAUCAACUGUGGCUUAAUGAGGGGUUCGCAACGUACAUGACAGCGUAUGGAUAUACCUUCUUGGAUCCAAACUACGACAGAGAUUAUUACUAUCUGAGUCCUCAGUUUGAAUCACAGAGCGGUAACGAGCUAGGACCUUUGAAUUCCAUGAUAAAACUUUCUCACGGUGCAAUUGGAAAUCCAUCUCAAAAUUACGCGAAAGGGUGCUCAUUCAUUCGAAUGCUUGAAAAAAUUGUUGGAACUGAACACUUCAAUGAAGCCAUCAGGACAUAUUUACACACCCAUGAUUUUUCAAAUGUUGAAGACAAAAACCUGUAUGAUGCCUUGAGAGUAUACUCUGACAAACUUGAAAUUAACGGUAAACCAUUUGAUAUUGAAGAGUUUGGCAGAUGCUGGACUCAUCAAACCGGCUAUCCAACAGUUUAUGUUUCGAGCUAUUACGCCGGUCAAACUAGGCUCAGCCAAGUAAAAGUAAAGGAAAUUGUCACUGGAGAUUUCCAUGAAUGUAAUAAUAAAUGGGAUAUCCCAAUAUGGUAUCAGCAAAGUGGAAGCACAGAAGUUGAAUUGACAUGGUUGGAAAAAGAUCAAGACGAGUUAGAGAUCAAUACUACGGGAUUUGCUAUAAUUAAUGCUAAUUCAAAUGGAUUGUACGAUGUUGUAUAUUCUGAAGUACUGUAUGAGCAAGUCGCAAGCGAACUGAAAAACAACACACAGAUGUAUUCUGCAAGUACAAAGGCUCGUGUACUAAGUGAUGCUAUUCAUUAUUACUACAAGGGUGAAGUUUCACUGAAGAACUCUCUCAUUAUUGCGCAAGCCUUGGCAAAUGAUACAAAUCAAGAAAUUCGCAGUAAGGCUGCAAUGCAUCUUACGCAUGCGAUUGCGAAAUUGAAUCAGGAUAUUAAUGAAGCAUCAAGAAUAUUGGAAGGAAUACAGAUUGAAGAGGUAAAUGAUAUCGAUAUAUUUUCGAAAUGUGGUCCUUUUAAAGAAUUUCCAAAAUGCUUCUUUAAUGCAUUCAACAGCUAUGAUCAUUUUUGUGCUUCUAUGAAACUUGAUUUGAGUAAAAGUUCAAUUGAUCAAAUUGUUUGGUGGCUGAAAUUUGAUCAAUACAAAUCGAUGCUCAUUUCAAUGUUACAUUGCCUAAAUGAGGAUUCAAUGCAAAAAGUUCUUCAUGAAUUUGUUGAUGUAUCAGAAACCCCAGGUCCAGAAAAUCCUCACAACAAGGGAAAAUUGUCGGAUAGUCAAGGAAAAACAAGAGCAGGAAACUUUUUCAAAUUUUCUGAUAAAUCUCCCUUUUCCGAGUUUCUCAAAAUGCAAAAGUAACU